AUAACGAAGAACCUGGGCGGUCCCUUGAAAAAAGUCCAAGGCUCGAGCAUGCGAUUGAACAUUUACUGCGGCAGUCAAUUCUUCCCGCCAACAAGCUCGCAUAGACCCAGUUCUGGUAUUUCGUUCUCUUUUCCUUCGACAUCCUUCGCUGGUCGAGUUGUUUCACUUGCAGAAACAGGCUCUUUGCAAGACGGGAAUCGACCAUCCUUCCACUCUGUUCUCGUUGGGAACAUUUUUCACAUGCUGCCACGCUCGGUGCGGCAUUACCUAUGUCCACCAUGUCAAAUUCACCAUGGUGCCUGGACUGGCGCAAGAAUUAUCUUCGAGAUCUCACCUGCUCGGAAUCCACGAUUGUUCUGCUCUGGCAGCGUUCAGAGACUUCGAAACCGCACCCGGACACGGAAAGUUGUACAGGGCGAUGUAGAGAAAAAUGACGCGUCUAUACAGGGGAAUGGCGAGAAUGGCAAAGGCAAGAAGCUUCAUGGCGGCCCAAAGAAGUCGACUCAAAGAGCAGGAGCUGAGGAACAACCAGCAGAGGGACCUGCAGCGGCGCAGUUGCGCUCACAAGCAACUGGUGUCCCGAAGCUGACGGCAGCCCAGAAAGAUGAGCUGCAUGCGUUCUCAAUGUUCCGGACGAAGAUGCGCCAUAUCGCCUCAAAAUUGGUACCAGAAGUUGCAUCGAGGCCCGAGGACUUGACCCUGAACCAGGUGCUGGAUGGGCUAAAGCUCAAGAACAGAAUGAAGGGGUUUCAAAGAGGAGCAUCGAGGCUUCGGUCGGCAUACCCUGGACGCUCCUACGAAGAUGUGGACAAUGAACUUGGGGUGGUGAUGCCCUUUAAAAGCGGGAAUAAACCUCUUUCAGAGGAGGCAGUGAGAAUAUUGACCGCGUUAGGAUUUCUGGACAGGCGUCGAGCCUCAGAUGCCGUCGGUCUGCAUACAGAAGCAUCUCCAGCACCAGAAAUGACAAAAGACGUAACGACUCCGGAACCGCACGCCCUCAUUAUUGAGACUCCGAAGGACCUGCUGAGCCCUUCCCCAAAGCUUGCCCCUGCGACUGAGGACCACGACGAGGAAACUAUCAAUGCAGCGAAAUCCCCGUCGAGACUAAAGCAAGAUACGACGCGGAAACAUGAGGUUAUACCGCGAGACAAGGACAAGGCAAGAAUUGCCGUCAUGAAAGGAGACAAUGUACGAGAAGCACAGGCCGACGCUUUUUCGCUGGUGCCGUUGACGGCGGAGCCGACAAAUGUGCCGAGACUGAGCCACGACUUGUCGCGUGUGCUGUUCAAUCCAGGAGUCUACCAGCUACAGGAUCCAAGGUCCAGAGUAUGGAACUUCGAUCCGUAUCUGGGCACCCUGAUGCCUGCCUCCGAGUUCAACUAUGAAGCAUUGAACAAGUACAUCACCUCAUCGGAGGAUAUCCACCUUCGAGAGGUGGCGCUGCAACACACAAAACGGUAUAUCGGUUCCACCUCGAGCAUGUCGGGAGUCCUGUCCCAUUUCCAUUUUCUUCUUUCAGCUUUUCGGAGUCUCAACUUGGAAAACUUGACUCGAGGAUUUAAGGAUGAUGGUGUACACUUUACAAGGCUGCAGAGAGGCCCCACGGCAAUUUUCCUCCGGCAUAAAGAUGGCGUGUAUGCCGUGGAUGCCGAUAAAGAAUAUGAUUCAGCAAAUAUUCUCAUGAGUCUCGGCCGCUCGAUGGAGAAGCUCUUGACGCUCGACAAGGACGAAUUCGAAAGAUACAGAAGGACCAAGGACGCGACCAAAGAUGCGCAGAUGACUGCCACUGAACCCGAAGUAUAUCACUAUUCAGGACUGGGCGAAUUCCUUCUACGUUCCCAACUCGACGCGCACGAUCCUCGCCUGCCAGGAACAGGCAUGUUUGAUCUCAAGACCAGAGCCGUGGCAGCUGUCCGAAUGAUGGUCCACAACCAUGAAGUAGGUGCAGGUUAUCAGAUCAAGCAGAGGUUCGGAACCUGGGAAUCGUAUGAACGAGAAUACUACGACAUGAUGAGGUCCGCCUUUCUCAAGUACUCCCUUCAAGUUCGGAUGGGGCGCAUGGACGGCAUAUUCGUCGCGUAUCAUAACACCGAACGUCUGUUUGGGUUUCAGUACGUACCUGUUUCGGAGCUUGAUCUGGCAUUGCACGGGCAGUCGAACCGAAUUCUGGGCGACCAAGAAUUCUCACUAAGCAUUCAGCUCCUGAACGACAUUUUCAACGAAGCGACGAUGAAACACCCAGGUCAAUCCCUUCGGUUUCACUUUGAGGCCAGGGAGGCCACGGCUGCCUCUCCUCCGUACAUGUACAUUUUUGCAGAGCCGGUCACGGAGGAAGAGAUUGUCGAGAUUCAAAAUCUGAAAAAGGAAGAGAUCCGAGCAUUCGAGGACCGUCUCUUUAAUCCACGACGGACCCACAGGGACGAGAGCGGCGAAGACGAGGACGAAGCAGAGCUUGAGGCCCAAAGUGACGAUGCUGAAUUUACCAAUGAAUCUGACCCUCCACCAAAACCAGCCUCUUCAUCUACCACAGUGGCAGGUCCGUCUCAUCGCUCGAAUGCUGCAAAUGUUGCAUUUCUGGAUAGCAUUCUGGGCAUGAAUAUCAAUGAGGCCUUGGGAUCAAAUUCGAGCGAUGGCCGUGUUUCCCAGUCAGGGGGAAAGCCCGCGGAAGGGGCGUCAGAUUUUCAUACUUCGGCCAUUGAACGGUCGGUUGCAGAAUCUCCCAUAACGAAACCGUUCUCGGCCUGGAAGCUGAACAUUCGAAAUCUGGUCAAUGGACUGCCUGUGGUCCGACCUGAAAACCUUAAAGAAGGAGAUACCUGGACGUUGCAAUACACACUAAAGCCGCUCAACGACCACGAAGCUCGCCGGCAUUACGGACUAUGCAAGAAUCGCCGCAAAGCCACGCUGGAAGCUCCACAGGAUGCAGACGAAGCUGCCAGCUUCUACAUUCGACGUCUGAUAUCGAUGAGUCGCAGCGGAGCACAGUGGCGGCGUCAUCUGGACAAACUUGACGCUCAGCGCAAACAGGUUGUACUAUAUGGGGAUGAUAGAUGAUAAAAGUAAUCUGUGUGUAUAUUACAAACAAAGCUUUGGAAUCGCAAACGCCUCCAUUGAAUGUAUUCUCGGAGCGUGUCGAAAAGCAUCUGGGAUAUGUAAUACAUGGAUUAGGAAUAGGCGAGAGACAUGUCUCAUGAUCAAAGACAGCAAAACGAUGUGCGCAGCAACAACUAGUGUUCCUCAUGCAGCACAAACAGGGG